AUGGCCUUCAUGGUGAAGUCGAUGGUCGGCGGGCAGCUGAAGAACCUCACCGGCGGGCUCGGGGGAGGCGAGGAGAAAGGCGAGGGCGAGAAGUCGCCGGCCGAAGCCGCGGGGAUGACGAGGGAGGAGUAUGAGGAAUACCAGAAGCAGCUCGUGGAGGAAAAGAUGGAACGAGAUGCCGAGUUUGCACAGCGCAAAGCGGAGCGAGCGACCCUGAGGACCCAUUUUCGGGACAAAUACAGGCUGCCCAAGAACGAAACCGACGACAACCAGAUCCAGCUCGUGGGGGGCGACGUGGAGCUCCCCAAAGAGCUGGCCAAGAUGAUCGAGCAGGACAAUGAGGAGGAGGAGGGCAAGGACUCCGUGAUCGGGCAGCUGACCAACAUCCAGAACUUGGACCUCGAUUCCCUGAAGGACAAGGCGCAGGCGACGCUCGAUGACCUGAAGCAGUCGGCCGAGAAGUGCGCCCUCAUGUGA